GAUUGGAUGGCGGGAUUCGCUGCAUUCCUUGUGUAAGGCCUCUCUGUUUUGGGAGGACCUGGAGUUCCUCGCCUCUAUGGUGAUCGUGUGGCGUGCGCCGCUCCUGCUGCUGCCUCACGGGACCGAGCCCUACCUGGCUGCUGAGCUACCGCCGAAUGCCCCAGGAAUCAGUUCCCAUCAAGACAUUCUUCAAAUUGAAGAUCAGAGGAAAAUCAAGACACGACAACAAGAAUGACACAUCUGCGCUGCCCAAUACAAUUAAGCAGACUUAAGAGUUCUCCAUGAAUUGUUAUUUUUAAAAUGUUGGUUUCUUAAAAGUGCCUUGAAUAUGUUGCUCUUUCCAUCCAAGUAUGUGCCAGAACUUCUCCUAACCUUCGCCUUGUCUGUGGCCUCUUCCUCAUCUCAUGAAUUUCUCUACCGUGACUAUUGUAUUAUUGGGGCUGGACCCUCAGGACUGCAGAUGGCCUAUUUCCUCCAACACACAGGCCGAGACUACAUGGUGUUUGAACGUGGCCAUGCGCCAGGACGUUUCUUUACUCUGUAUCCCCGCCAUCGCAAGCUAAUUAGUAUCAACAAGCGCUACACAGGCAAAUCCAACAGUGAGUUCAACCUUCGGCAUGAUUGGAACUCACUCAUCAGCCAUGACAACCGACUGCUAUUCCGACACUACUCUCAUGACUUCUUCCCUGAUGCGGACACCAUGGUGCAUUACCUCAUAGAUUUUGCUUCCAUGUUAGACCUCCAGGUACGCUAUAACACAUCCAUCACCCAUGUGAUGCUGGAGAAGGACACCAAAGCUUGGAAUGGCCAUUUCUUCAUCCUGAGUGACCAGAAUGCUCAGUUCUAUAAAUGCAGUGUCCUUCUGGUAGCCACGGGAACUUGGAUCCCCCAUGAAGUGAAUUUUCCUGGUUCAGAAUACGUAGAGGGCUACGAGUCUGUGUCCAUAGACCCAGAAGAUUUUGUUGGCCAGUCUGUCUUGAUUUUGGGUCGGGGGAACUCUGCCUUUGAGACAGCAGAAAACAUUUUGGGUGUCACCAAUUUUGUCCACAUGGUGAGCCGCUCUCGGGUUCGACUGUCUUGGGCCACUCACUACGUUGGAGAUCUGAGGGCAAUAAACAAUGGCUUGUUGGAUACCUACCAGCUGAAGUCUCUUGACGGGCUUCUGGAAGGUGACUUGGAAGACCUGGUUCUUGUCAAAGAUAAGAAAGGGAAGCUGCACAUCACCCUCCGUUUCUACCUGGAGAGUAGCAAUAGCAGCGACACAGAGUCCAUCACCCUCCCACAGGAUGAGCUGGACAACUUUGCUACCCGAGCCCCUUAUGACCGUGCUAUUCGCUGCCUCGGUUGGAAGUUUGACUUCUCCAUCUUCAACAAGUCUGUAGGUCUGAUGCAAGGCAAAGGCAGUAAAAAGAAGUAUCCUUUGAUCAAGCCUAGCUACGAAGCCAAAGCCACUCGAGGUCUUUUUGUUCUAGGCACUGCAAGUCACUCUGUUGACUUCAGGAAAUCUGCUGGAGGCUUUAUUCAUGGAUUCCGCUAUACAGCUCGCGUAGUUCAUCGCUUAUUAGAAGUCCGUCACCAUGGAGUGCCUUGGCCUUCCUCCGUCUAUCCCAUCAUGCAGCUAACGAAUGCCAUUGUCAAGCGAGUGAAUGAGGCAUCUGGGCUCUACCAGAUGUUCAGUGUGCUAGCUGAUGUCAUUCUGCUGAAAGAGAAUGCCACAGAAUUUGAAUACCUGGAGGAAUAUCCAGUUGCAGUUCUGCAAGACUUGGAAUGGCGCACAGGGAGAAAAGUUCAAAAUGGACUUUUUGUCAUCGUGAUGGAAUACGGGAAGAACUUCUCUGGGCCUGACAAGGAUGUCUUCUAUUAUAAUCGUGCUGUAGGAGAAGCACAGCACGCUUGGCAGUCCAACUUCUUGCAUCCUGUCAUUUAUUAUUAUAAAUAUCUUCCCACCGAGCGUGAGAUGAGACUUUGUCCACCAGACUGGAUCCUGCCCCGCCCGGUUGCCAUCCAUCACAUUGUGGAGGACUUCCUGACAGACUGGACUGCACCAAAUGCCCACAUUCUCCCACUAAGACGUUUUUUGGAGAAUUGUCUGGGAACUGAUCUGCGCAGAUUCUAUGCAGAGUCCUGCUUCCUCUUUGCCCUCACUCGCCAGAAGUUGCCACCUUUCUGUCAACAGGGAUACAUGAGAAUGCAAGGGCUUUUGGGAAACAAGGGACUUUGGCAUCAUGCAGUAGAAGCUGGACUACUUGAGGAUUAUGGUGCUGUAGACACUCCAAAAGAGGACGAGGGGAUUAGUAUCCAUUUGCAAGAUAGCGUAUCUUCACAUCCACAUGUGGAGGAUCGCAUAAUUCCAAAUCACCAACUGCCGCCUCUCAUGGGCACCAAGGAUGAACUGUAGCCUUCUUCCGACAGUUAUCAGAAUCAACAAGCCUCCAUCUUUUGUUACGUGCACUGGGGCUUCCUAUCCACUGCUUUCUGGGGAUCAUGACUUGCCAAGGACUUGUCUAGAUCCAUUGUUAUUUAUGAAGUAUGGAGGGCUUUACAUAGUAAGUGAGGGUUGCAGAUACAUGUUGGUGAGGCAUUCCUUUGUUCUGCAGUUUUGUCGCCUGCUGAUGGUGUUGUAUUUCUGUUUCUAUGGGGCCAUCUCUGGUUCAUCCCAAGGAAACAAAUGGGAUAUAGAGAUGACUUGCUGUGAAUGUUUGCAUGAUUUCUGGGGAACUGCAAGAGAAAUCAUUGGUUGUCAAUUCUAUGCCAACUGAAUUUUUGAAUAUACUUGCACAUUUGUAUGUACAUGAAUCCACAGCCACCACAAUGGUAGUGGUAGAGAUUAAAGGAAUGCUUUUAGUAUCCCGAGCAUGGAAAUGUUAUGCAUUGUCUACAAGAGAGGUAUCAUGGAUCGGUAAGGAUGGACAGCUAAGUCUGGAUCCCUCUGUGCCAGGUUUGUCACAAUGUUUCUGAUUUUGUUCUGUGAAAAUGGUGUUCUUGAAUGCAAGCUUGCUUUUUCUGCAGAGGGAGAGCUUCUGCACAGAGCCUUUUAACCAGGUAUCUCUAUUUGCACUAUAACUGAUUAGAAAACUUCAAUCAAAAUGAAACUGUAUUUUCUGAUGUAAUUUAUUUUAUUUUCAUUGUUCUUUUAUUUUAUUAGGUAAGUGCAGGUAGGAAAACUAUCUGGACUUUAUUGCAAAUCUUCCUCUUUACUCCAGUGCAUAUGUUUCUCAGCUCUGGAGAGGUGAGACAAACAAACCAGAAAGAACCAAGCUCAUGUCUUAAUUGUCUUCCCAGAUGUUAAAAAGUCCUUUUAUAAACCAGAGCCCUUUCUCUUUGCAAUUUUUGCACUUACAGUUUCUAAGAACACUUUUCUAAAAGGUAGCACUCAUUAGCAGUGAUCUAUUUUGGCGGUCUUAUUCAUUUGCAAACCUUUUAGGUAAACCAUUGCCUCUCAAUGUGAAGCUGGAAAGUUUAAUAGGAAUGCUGCAUUUAGAACUCUUUUUGGCAACAAGGACAGAGAGGUUUAGACCACAACUUUUUGAACAUCUCCAAAAACAAAAUGUGUACCCCUGCAUUGUUGGGCUCCAACUCCCAUUAUCUCUCAUCUAGCACUGCUAGCUAGGGUUUAUAUGAGUUCCAGUCCAACACAUCAUUAUAUUAUUGAAUGGAGAAAUUUAUAUGCAUCAAGAAAAGUGAUACUUGAAAGAGGCUCCUCUUCUCUGGCAGUUUUAUUCAGCAAGUACUAUCUAUUUAAUGCUCUGGAUUCUUUCUGGUCAACCUGUCACAUUUAAAGUUUACAGCUUGGUCAUACAGGAAAGUUAGAAUCCAUUCAUUUCAAGGAGAAUCAAUCUUACGCACACUCUUUUUUCCUCUGCUUUCUCCAAAGAACAUACUGACUAGAUGGCCUUCUCAGGUAGGUUUUUCUUUCUUUUUCUUUUUCUUUCUUUCUUUCUUAAUGCAGUAGAAACAUUACCCCCCUCCUUUCACAUGAUAGGUGAUUAUUUUCUCUCUUAGGGUGAUAACACAGCAAGGGUAGUCACAGAGCUAUUGCUAAUAUAAACACAUGGUAUCAACUCCAAGGCUGGCACCCACAAAUAGAUAUUCCCACUUCUAUCAUAAAAGAAACAAAGCAUGUCAUAGUAUAAUCGACAUCAAAGAAGAUGCUAACUUUGUUCCACUCUGAAACCAUGAGAGAAUUAUGCAUUUCCCCUUACAUCUUGCUCCCAGGAUUUCAGGAUAGCAGGCACUAUAGAGCUGUCCCAUUAUAAUCAUUGAAUAGAAGACAGCUACCUUGAUAAUAAAUAAAUAAUUGUGGGCCAGCUAGUCAAUUCUGACUUAUGUUAACCCUUUCCAGGAUUUUCUAG